AUGGCCUCCAGCAAUGCCAAUAACCAGGGCGACCUUUCCAAAGAUGCGACCCUCGAUAAUCCCCCCGAAGACAGUAUUUCCGAACUCGCCUGGUCGCCUGUCGCUAACCAUCUCGCUGUCGCAUCCUGGGACAACAGCAUCCGUGUUUACGACCUGUCGCAUUCGGUCAAAGGUGAAGGCAAGGCACUCUUCUCCUUCCCCAGUCCCGCCCUGAGUUGCGCCUGGUGGCCCGAUGGCUCCAAGGUCGUCGGCGCCGGAGCAGAUGGCUCUGCGCGCCUCUUGGAUCUUGCCAGCGGAAACCUCAAUUCGGCACAACAAGUGGCGCAACAUGACGCCCCCGUUCGCGCCGUGCGGAUGGCUCAGAUCCCCAACAGUCAGUGCCCUAUCGCCGUCACCGGAUCGUGGGAUCACGAAGUCAAGUACUGGGACCUGCGACAGUCCACCCCGAUCGGCACCCUGCAAUGUCCCGAGCGGGUUUACGCCAUGGACAUCCGUGGCAGCCAGCUGCUGGUUGCCACGGCCGGUCGCCAUAUCGGCCUAGUUGAUCUCAACCGGCCUACCACCUUCGCCGAGGCACUUCAGAGUCCUUUAAAGCACCAGACGAGAACUGUCUGCUGGAUCCCGGACGGAUCGGGAUACGGGGUGGGCAGUAUCGAAGGCCGGUGUGGAAUUAGCUAUAUCGACGAAUCCAAAAGCUUGAACUUUACCUUCCGCUGUCACCGCAACCCUAAGGAUAACGACCCCAAGAGUCAAUCGGUAUAUGCAGUCAAUGCCGUUUCCUUCCAUCCGCGCUAUCAUACCUUCAGCACCUCUGGCUCCGAUGGAACCUUUUGUUUCUGGGACAAAGACGCCCACCAUCGGCUCAAGGCCUUCCCCAUCGUCGGAGGUAGCAUCACCUCCACAGCCUUUAACAUGGAUGGGAGCAUCUUCGCCUAUGGGGUCGGCUAUGACUGGAGUAGAGGUUAUGCUUACAACACCCGUGAUCAUCCGAAUAAAAUUGGGUUGCACCCGGUGUCUGACACCGAAUCUAACCUUCCUGAUCAUGUCCCGUAUUGCCAUGCAAGUAACAAGACAGCCAAAUCCGCGAACCUUGAGAUUUCUCCCCUGCAGGCAUUAGUUUUGGGCGUGCUAUUAUCCGAGGAAACACCACCGUGA